AUGGAUGAAACUAUUCCAGAAAGAACAGUCAGAAUGCACCCCUCGGAUAAACCCUGGAUGACAAGCUUCGUCAAAACAAAGAUUAAAGCUAGACAGCGUGCCUUCUCUCGUAAUGAUCAUGUGCGAUAUGAACAAUUAUGCGUUACCGUUUCAAGACUUACAUCUAAGGCUAAAACGUCCUAUUACAGAUCAAAAGCAAAAGAUCUUCGCACGACAAAUUCAGCUAAAUGGUUUAAGUGCAUUUUCUCACUUCUAGGAAUUAACAACGGAAAUAACCCACUGGGAAAAACGUCAAAUGAUAAUAUACUAGAACUGGCUGAAAAAUUACAACAUGCUUUUAUAAAACCCAGGGAAAAUCUAAAAGAUCAAUUACUCAGGAACAUUACACCUCCUUUGCCAUCUAUUGGACAAGCCAAGAACUGUCUAAAACAUCUAAACCCCAGGAAAGCGACCGGAGUAGACAAAAAUCCUGCCUGGAUACUCAAGCGUUUUAGUGAUGUUUUAUAA